AUGUCCAAGCCGGAAAGACCCCUAACAUUCUUCGACAUCACCAUCGGCGACAAGGCUGUCGGAAGAAUCAUCUUCUCGCUGUAUAGCGAUCUCGUUCCCAAGACCGCAGAGAACUUCCGCCAACUAUGCACAGGCGAGGCGGGAAUCGGCCACUCGGGGCACGCUCUGUGGUACAAGGGAUCGAAUUUCCACCGCGUCAUUAAAGGAUUUAUGUGCCAGGGUGGCGACUUUACGGCAGGGAAUGGGACCGGAGGAGAAUCAAUCUAUGGCGACAAGUUCGAGGAUGAAGCUUUCCCAGUGAAGCAUACUAAGCCCUUCCUUCUUUCCAUGGCAAAUGCUGGUCCUAACACCAAUGGCUCUCAAUUCUUCAUCACUGUCGCACCGACUUCACACCUCGAUGGCAAGCAUGUUGUCUUCGGAGAGGUGAUUAAGGGCAAGUCAAUAGUCCGUCAGAUCGAGAACAACCCAACAUCGUCCGGAGAUGUGCCAACUCUCCCGGUCAAGAUCGUCGACUGCGGUGUUCUUGCCCCGGAUGACCCUUCAUUGGUAGACGACCCCAUGUCUCAAGCUGACGACCCUUACGAAGAUUACCCCGCGGAUGAGGAUCGGGAUACCGAGAACCCGGAGGUCGCUCUCCAGAUUGCGAAAGAUGUGAGAGAGGUCGGCAACAAACUGUUCAAAGAAGGGAAGGUAGAAGCGGCUCUGGAGAAAUAUCAAAAAUCCAUUAGAUACCUUGAUAUCCACCCCGUGCUUCCUGAGGAUGCUCCACCUGAGCUGAGAGACAGCUAUGACGCUCUUCUAGCCCCACUCUUGCUGAAUUCUGCCCUCGCUGCUAUCCGUUCGCAACCCAAGUCUACAGCAAACGCUAUGAUUGCUGUUGGCAAUGCUACCCGGGCGUUGGACAAGCUGCAACUUAACGAUGCUGACAAAGCGAAAGCUUUGUAUCGGCGCUCCCUCGCGCAUCUUUACCUGGCCGACGAGGAAAAGGCUGAGCAGGACCUCACCCAAGCAGCUGAGCUUGUCCCGGGUGAUGCAGCCAUUGCUGCUGAGCUGGGCAAGAUCAAGCAGCGCAAGAAGGAGCAGAGGGAGAAGGAGAAGAAGCAAUUCAAGAAGUUGUUUUCGUAG